UUUCUACUUUUUUCCUUUUGCCUUUGUUCCUGUCGAACGUGAAAUAUCUCGUAUAUUGCGUUCUGCCACGAUGAUUAGCAUUUCCGGCAUGACGGAUCCCAUCAAAGCGCCUGCGAGUAACCAUCAACCUCUCAUUAACGCGCAAAACACGCUGAAAAACAUCCUCAAAUGCGACCACAAGUGUCCCGACUUGGCCGAGAUGCUUAAAGGGCCUACAUCGGAUCAGUACGCUAAGCAUGUCGAUUCUUCAGAGCAAGAGUUUGUCAAAAGUGAUUACGUCCAAUUGCCCGAAUCUCUCUCCGACCAAAUCGAUCAUCUCGAAUGUCGCUGUUUUAUGGGAGUAUUGCCAGAAAUCAACUAUGCUUGGAUGACCGUGGAUCAUCGUCUGUUCUUGUGGAAUUACGAAACUGGCAAAGAUAUCUAUACCUACGAAGAUCAAGAUCAGAUUAUAUGCAGCGUUGGCUUGGUGAAACCGAAACCAGAUGUAUUUGGUUCCCAUAUCAACUAUGUGCUCGUCGUCACGACACCGCUUCAAGUUAUUGUACUUGCCAUGUCUUAUACUGCGGCUCGAGAAGGCGAACCUUGUCGUGUGACGUUAUUUGCUACGGAUAUGAGUGUGUCAUCUGACGAUGUACAACUCGGACAGAUCGCUGGCACCGAUGAUGGUAGAAUAUUCAUGGUCGGCGAUAAUGGUCAUCUCUAUGAAUUGGAUUACAGACAUCCGGAUACCUGGUUCGGUCCUCAAUGCAAGCUUUUAUGUCGCACGUCUAGCGCUUUUACACACUAUCUUCCCACCAUUUUCAGAACCGCAACACCAGAUGCAAACGCAAAAUCGCUCGCCAUUGAUAACGAGCGCAAAGUGUUGUACAUACUGAAGAAAAAUAACAGCAUCGAGGUAAUUUAUCUCGGUGAUCCAAAGAACAACUUUUUACCUGCUGCGAAAAACACCGACAUUGGCAACUCUGCACGACUGAUGUGCCGUCAAAACUCGAUGAUGUAUGAUGCGACUGAAUUCGAGCUGCAAUCCAUCCACGUCAUUUCCAAGAUGGAAUCUAAUCGUAUCCACUUGCUCGGUGUGACCAACAAGGGUUUCCGUUUGUAUUUUACGCAUGAACAAAGCGCGGUGCGUUUUAUGUCUGUAUCUGAUUCAUCAACCGAUCGACGUCCGAAUGUUCUUGAGCUCGUUCACGUACGUGUACCGCCUCCAGUCAAUACGCAGACAAAUGGAACGACGAUGCCCCAAAUGCUGCUUCCUGUCCACGCAUCCUAUUACGAUUGCGGUAUCUUUGUCGCCGCUCGAAGCAUGUCAGAAGAUAAGGAUAGCAUCAUUAUGACAGCUCGCGAACUCGGAGAAGUCGUUCACCAACAAACCACCACUGGUAUCAUGAUGAUGGGUCAACGAUCUGGCUUUGUGGAAAACAGCAGUUCGGUGGAAUGUGAUGAAGGCAAAAUCUGGGCCAUUGUGGAAACGAAUGUAGCAAACAGAGGACAGCGACACAUGAAUGAGAUUACCGAACCGCUGACGCGUGCGUCACGACAGUUCCUGAUCCUCACCAAUACGGCGCUUUUGUUUUACAAAAAGCAACGUCCCGUCGACGUACUCCAUCAACUGCUUUUGAAGUCUCACGGGGAUUUGGAUGCCAAUCGACAAGAAUUCCGUUCCUUUUUCGAAUGUUACGGUCAAAUCCAAGCCUGUGCAAUGUGUUUGAAUAUCAUCUGUGCAAGUUUUGCGCUCCAUAUGCCCGAACAAGAGAACGUGAUUCGAGGUGCUACGCGGUUGUUCUUUGAAUGCGAAGAGAAACUUUUCCGUAAAGAGAACCAAAUUAUCAGCAGCAACCAUUUAGCAAAGGCGGUGGCUCCACCGGCAACAGGGUAUAGCAGUAAACACGAUGGAUUUGUCCUGUAUUUUGCACGUUUAUUGUCGCCUGUUUGGGAAAAAGAAAUCUUCCAAGCAAACUUUGACCAAAAGUCGAAUGAGCACUAUACCCGGCUACAAAAAUCACUGAUUGACGUUAAAUAUGAACUCGAAAAGCUGAAAAAAUUCAUGGAUUUGAAUUCAUCCUUCCAUAUGUCAGCUGAUCUGUUAGACUCGCGAUUUCAAUCGGUUGAUCGUGAUACUAUCCAAUCCCGCUUGAAUGAGCAACAAUCUUUGCAUGAAUUGUAUUUGCUUCUUGCACAAUCCAUCGAAGCCAUUUCUUUCAUCGACUUUUUGAUCGAUGCCGGAGUACAAGAGAUCUUGCAAUGUGUGCCGGAAGAAAGCAAAAAUGAAGUAUUCAAGCUGACUUUGGAAAAUAUGUUGACAAGCCCUCAAGGGCGUGUUCUUUCCCGUGAAUUGGUAAUUGCUGCCAUCAACAAAUACGGAACCACCUAUACACAUGUCGGAUUUGAUGUGGUCAGCGAUUUACUACAACGUCGAUGCAGCUCCUUUUUCGGUCCAACGGAUGUAGCUUUCUACAAGGGCAUGGAAAAUGUGCGACGUGCACAGAAAGCAGAGACGGAUUUUGAGCGAACCAGCGCGCUAUCGGAAUCGCUUACAUUCUUCAAAGAGGCAGCGGAAUACGUUACGGACGAAAAGCUCGCGCGAGUAUGCAUGGAAUAUCGUCAUCAGGGUUACCACGUUGGAGCUGUUGAAUUGGCUCUUGAAUGCGCGAACAAAUUCGAUCCUCAACAGCAAGGACUGGCUUAUGCUGAAGGCCGACAAGCCCCAUCCGAUCCACGACUCACUUUCUAUAAUAUACGCGUGGCAUGCUACGAUCGCGUGUUUGAUACGCUAAUGGAAGCCAAAAUGCUCCGCGAUGGAACACUGCAGCAUCCAAAAGUGGUGAAUCCUAGCAACUAUGCGGCUGAAGUGUUUGCCAAGGCUUUGGCCAGUCAAGACAAAUUAUUCCAUUACUCGUUAUACGCUUGGCUGCGACACAAUGGGCUGAAAUCCGAAUUACUGGCUGUAGAUACUGCAUAUUUAAUACCGUUCUUCAACGAUUGCGUGGAUCCCAUGGAAGCGAAGGAAUUCCUUUGGCAAUAUUAUCGAAGACGCGAAAAUUACUACGAAGCAGCACUUUGCUUGGAGAAGUUGGCCAAGGAUUCAUCCAAUUUGAAGCUCACGAAGCGUGUGGAAUAUCUUGCAUUGGCGGUAGUGAAUGCACGAUGCCGAGAUUCGAAGCAUCAACGACGACAGGAGGCUACCGAGCUUUUGCAAAACCUGGAAGAGCACGUGGAAGUGGCCCGGAUACAAGUUCGCUUACAUCAAAUCCUACCCAGCUGUGGACCUGAAGGUGACCGAAUCUCACAAUCGCUUGACGAUCGUCUGGCGUCCAUUACCGAACUUUUUAUGAUUGCAAAGGAAUUCAACGUUUACGACGAAGUACUGUAUAUUAUGAAGAUAGCCGACCAUUACGACUUGCCUUAUUUGCAACAAGUGUGGAAAGCAAUCAUCGAACAAAAUGAGUUGAUAGCGCAAAAAGAAGCCAUUUCUCCAUUUGCAUUACUGAAACCCAAGAUUGUGCACUUGGCUGAACGGCUAUAUCCUUCAAAAUUUGUAUUUCCUGUUGAUAUUGUAAUACAAAUACUUGAAAGCUAUUGUUUCCAACAUCGCGAUGCGAUCCAAGUUGGUUUCGUCGCGAAUGCGUUGCUAUGUGCUGGUAUUCCUGUGGAUAUUCUUGAGGAUGCAUAUAUAACCGAUUUAGAAAGCAAGAGACCACCAUGGCGCUCCGAAGAAGAAUGUGAAUAUCUGCUAUCACAAAUCAAUUAUAUCAAAAGCCUUUGACAUCUUUAACAUCUUCCUCCUUUAUAAAUUGAUUGAUAAAAAGUUUACAAACCACAGUUGAAAUUCCCCCUUUUAUUAUAAAACCCAGAUCUCGACCUAUUUUGGCAUAUUUGCUCUUAGGAUCAUGCACUUUUUUUAAUUUAUACGAAUAGACAAAAUGCCAUGCCGAGUGGCGCUGCUCGAAGCGGCGACGGACAGGAAAUCUGCUGUCACCGACACCGGAG